AUGUCAAUAGCAAUCUGGCCUCCGGUGUCCCCAGAGGAGCUGAUAAAAGGGAAACAGGAAUGCCUCGCCCGCGAGCUAGAAUGGAUCGUCGUAGAAACACACGCGAUCCUUAAGGACAUCCGCCACGGCCUGCAGGACUGCUACGCUCUUCUGGCGCCCAUCGACCCGGGAAGCACUCUCGUCAUGAGCACGCAGCGUAACGAGCGCGUAAAGGGAACAGUGACCCGGGUCGGCACGCGGAUAAUCAAAGGCACAAUCCAUCUCCAGCUCAAAACCCUCCCAACGCAGACCUUGAACCUCGACGCCUCGCACCCAGUCCACAUCGCGGCUCUCGAAACAAUCCACACACACCUAACAGAAUGCCUCGACCUUCUCUCCCUCACAGACACACCGAGCCCUUCCAAUAACCCUUCUCAGCUCGCCGCCCAGCUGCGCAUCAUCGCCGCCUCCCUCAACGAGUCCUCCUCUCUCCUCAAGGGCCCGGCCCUGAACGAAGUCGAUCACAGCUGGCAGACCGACUCCUGUCCGCCCGUCCACUUUAGCCCAACCCUCGGGCCAAAUAUCAGCGUUCACCUAGGCCUCCAAGAAUCGAGUCUGGUCCUCUGGUUGCGCGCUCUCGAACCCGUAGAUUCGCCGGUACACUUCGGCACCAAGCUCGGUCUAGCCUUGGGAACGGUCCGAAGACUGGAACACGACGAGAUGGACCGCCCUUUCCGGUUCACGUAUAGCACCGUUACGGAUGGCGGGCUGAAGCACAGGCAUGGCACGGCGCAUCCAAGGAGCAGCGGAAGCAGCCCCAGCGGGCUGGGUACACCCUCCAGUAAUGGAGAAGCUACGGAGGUCUUUGUGAGGGAGAAGGUGCGGGUUGAGAGUCUGCCAGAUCCCAAUCUCAUGUCUCUGUCUGCAAAGUUGGUUGCCUUGGGUCACACGCUGGCCAGUGCUAGGAGAAAUCUAGCAGCUGUCAUGGGUGAGGAGUUCGACGAGUGA